GCACACCUGUGCCCCGGGCAUGGGGGCAGCGGGGCAGCUUGGGGGGCAUUACGCUCACCCACUGUAACUGCUGCCCUCUCUCAGGCGGACGCUGUACAGGAUGACUGAGCAGACAGAAGAGAGGUAGAGCUUAGAGGCUAAGGAAAAAAAAAUUCGACGAAGAGAUCAUAUUUCUCACCCUGAAGCUUCUCGUCUUUUCUCGUCUCAUUCGCUGCUGUACAGUGAAGUGUCAGGGAGAAAUAUUUAUCUCCGCCCUUGAAGCCCAGGAACACCACUCUCAUUAACUCCCCAGUUUUAUUCUUUCAGAAGAUCCAAAUUCAGAUAAUCCUGUUUCUAUGUGGUCAAAAUUACCCAGGGCAAGUGUCCAAGGAAAAACCCCCCCACCCUGGUCUCCAAUCAACUCUCACUCCAUAUUAAGGAGACCUGCUUUAAAAAUGCAGCCCACUUUCUUUAUUUUGGUAGCUGAUUCUGUAGAUGUUUGUCUGGCAACUGAGAAAGCAAUUCUUCAAAGCAGUGGUUCCUCACCAGACCCAUUGCAAGAUUUUGGCUUUUCUGUCGACCAGUGUUCCAGACAAUUAAAACCAAAUAUCAACAUUAGAUUUGGAAUGGUUCUAAGGGAGGACGUCGAGCAGCUGUUUCUGGACGUCGCGCUCUUCAGUAAAGGGCUGUCCAUCCUGAACUUCUCCUACCCCGUCUGCGAAGUGGAUCUACCCAAGUUUUCUUUCUGUGGAAGAAGGAAAGGAGAGCAGAUUUAUUAUGCCGGCCCUAUCAAUAAUCCUGGAUUUGAAAUUCCCGAGGGAGACUACCACGUCCUGCUGGAGCUCUACAACCAAGACCAUGCCACCGUGGCCUGCGCCAACGCCACCGUCCUCUAUUCCUGAGCCUCUUGAAGCACAGUCAGUAUCCCGUGGCAACAGCGGCUCCUCCCACAGACCCUGCUGAGAGGGAGGACCAGCAGACCACACCGCAAGCCUCCUGGAAGGUGCCAGCGCUGAUGUCAGCCGCAGGACCAGAGGUCCCCGCGCUCCAUGGAUGCAAUGAAGGCCCCGGAGUAUCCGCCUCCCAGGAGCUCCUGGGGGUCAACCCAGCAGUCUUGAGGGACCGUCCCUCAUCCCUAAGUGCUCUCCUGACAAAGCUCACCUCUUUCCAGCUCCUGGGAGCCCAGGAUCAAAUAAAGAAACUGGCCCACAA